AUGGGAUUUUCAAAGAUUGUAACCCUGAUAAGAACUUCAAAUCGGUCCCUAAUACCUCAUCUGGCUCCGAGGGAUCUUAUGUGGAUGGGGCCUGAUAAAGAGAACGAGAACAUCGCUUUUCUGCACAAGGCUUGGAAUUCACUUCAAGGGGAUCUAAACUUUCAAAACAAUGUGGAAGACCAUGAUAAUAAUUCCUCUAAUGACGAUCAGGAUCAUGGGGAUUCGACUUUCCACUUGGUUAUGUCUAAGAAAAAAAAGAAAAGUUUGCAAAAGAGUAAGUUGAGAUCCAAAGCAGGUCCCUCAAAGAAUCUUUUUUGGAAUGCGAGGGGUUUGGCCAACACUCCUACUAGAUUCUUGGACGGUUUAGGUUUCAAGGUAGAAGGUUUUCGUUUUGGUAAUGAUGUGGUUUAUGCUUCUACCAACUGCAUUUUAAGAAGGCAACUUUGGGACUCUCUCACGGCGCUUUUCAAUUCUUUUCCCCUUCCUUGGUAUGUAAUUGGAGACUUUAAUGCCAUAGUUGGUUCUCAUGAGCACAAGGGGAUGGUAUCUCCUUCCAGAAGAAGCAAGACUUUAGCAAUUGGAUUGAUUCCAACCUUCUAA